UGAGACGUUGAAAUGGACGGCAACUGGAACAUCAACAUCUUCAUUUAAAAACGAAGCUACUGCUCUCUUUUAAAUGUGUGCGACCGUGAGUGCGUGCGUUCUCUAAACUGGCCUUUUUUCUUGAGCAUUUCGCCAAUUUAUUCGACGAUCGCCGCGAUGUCCUGAUUCCUUGACGACACCAACGUUGACAUAUUUAUAGAGCAUUGAAGCGUCGCGUGUUGACUUGAGUUCGGACCAUAGGCAUGUGCGAUUUAACAUGCUAGGACCAUGUUCAAAAAUGUUUUCGGCUCUGGAUUCCUGGUGAGGACCGCUCAUGUCAUUCUUACGUGGGUCGUCACAUUGAUACUCUUCCUCUAUGACACAGAGUUGAGAAAGCAGGAGGAGACGGGUCAGCUGGUGCAGCCGGUGCUGUUCGUCCUCCUGGUGCUGAUCUCGGUGUUACUGUAUUUUGCCGUUUCCCUGAUGGACCCCGGCUUCAUCGUCUCUGAUGACAGCGAUUUACAAUUCACACUCGGAGUGACUGAGGAACAGCAGGACAUGAUCCCACCUUCCACCAAGUCUCUGCGCCAGCGCCGCUGUGGCCACUGUCUGCUCCAGCAGCCGAUGAGAUCCAAACACUGCCAGACGUGUCAGCACUGCGUCCGCCGCUACGACCACCACUGUCCCUGGAUCGAGAACUGUGUCGGCGAGCGGAACCAUCGCUGGUUUGUUCUCUACCUGGCAGUCCAGCUGCUGGUACUGCUGUGGGGGCUGCACAUUGCCUGGACCGGCUUCAGCUACAGACCCACAUGGGAGGUGUGGCUGCGGACCAACGGCGUCCUCCUGGGUGUGGCGGUGCUGCUGGCUCUGCUCUCGCUGAUCGUGCUGCUGCUACUCAGCUCGCACCUUUACCUGGUCUCCCUCAACACCACCACCUGGGAGUUCAUGUCCCGCCACCGCAUCUCCUACCUCAAACACUGCGGCACCGACGAGAACCCUUUCGACCGCGGCACCUUCCACAACCUGUGGGGCUUCUUCUGCGAGUGGGGCUCUGUGGUGUGGGAGCAGGUGUACUUCAGAGAGGGCAGUGACCCAGUCUAGUCCACCUCAUCUUCUCAUUGACCUUUCCAGAGGCACUGGAGCUUUUGUGCCAAAGCACUUUCAUUCUUUUCACUGGAUUUUAAAAUCCUCUGCUUUUUCUUUUUAUAUUGUGGCGGGGAAUGAAAACAGACAGCAGGUCACCAGCAGCUUCAUUAACAUCAUCAUCUGCCUCUCACAGCGGGAGAGUUCCACAUUUAAAAAAAACAAAAAAGACAAAAGCCCUUCAACCUCAGAUGUGUCCUCAGCCUCCGCCUCAGUAACCACCAAAGUCCACAGACAUAUUCCCAUGCAGUCCCUUCUGCGUCAGGACAGUUUUGGACAUUUGCAGGUUUGAUAAGUUUCGCAGCCGAGGAAGUCCAAGCCUGUGACUGAGUCAAGACCAUGACCAAUGAGGGGGGUGACACCAAGACUGAGACCCAACUGAAUACAGAUCUAACAGAUCAUGUUUUUUAUGGUUCUUGCAGUAAGAAAUUCAUGUGUGUCUAUAUGACAAAUAGACUGGUCUGGACACAAUGUUAGGGUUUAUACUAAUAAUUAUUGCAUUAAUGUUUCAAUCAAUACAUCACAAACUUCUUACUACCUGGACCUCAGUCAGGCAACAGCCAAGCACUCACCCUUCUUGCGUCCUCCACCUCCUGCAUUAUUUAUGUUUUAACUUCUUGUAUUACACACAGUGAAGGAGUGCUCAUUCCCAAAAUGUGUUAUCGUCUGACGCUGCGUUGUGUGACCUGCACGUGUGUUGGUGGCUCAAAACAAUCAUUUAAUAACAGCGAUGUUGACUAUAUUUAGAGUAGAAUCAUAUUUAUAGUUAUGAAAAGUUUUGUAUCGUGAGGUCAAAUUGUUGGACAACUGUUCUUAGACAAUAUGAAUCCAGCAUCUCAAACCUGAUGAUCCCUUUUAUGAACAACGAUCUUAUAAAGCUAUUUUAUAUGUCAACCAGUUUCAUUUGUGUACAGAAUUUUGACCUGGCUUUGUACGACUGUUUUAAAAACAUGGUGUGACUCAGUAGUAUGAGCUUUGCGUGCAAUAUUAUUUUUAUUUCAACAGCAGACUCCUCAGAGAGCAAUACAUGUGAAACUGAACUGGGGACAGAAGUAGUGACCAGAUGUUGUCUCAAGUUUUAUGCAAUACUGUCUUUUUUACCGUGUUGAAAAGCCCAAACAUCAAUAAAUGCGCA